AUGGAAAAAGUAAGGGUCAAAAAAUCCUAAAAGAGAAAGAGAAAAGGAGGAGGCAAGCAUUGUGGAAUGCAAAAAUAAAACGGGAAGGAGAGCAGAGCCAAAUGGGUAUAACUGGUUUCGGCACAUUUUCGAGGCUGAUCAUGCUGCUUUCUCAUAUUUUCUCGGGCUCCCUGUAGGCUGCAACAUCUUGAAGAAGCAAGGCAACAAGUAAGCCUGAUAACUGUAGCCAGUUGACCCCUCGCUUAAUAUUUGAUGGAAACUGGACAUUCUCCCACAACCUGGAUGGACCUGUACUUUGGACUUGAUCAUAUUGCAAAAUCUGCAGCGAUUGCAUAACAACGCAGAAAUACAUAAAUAAAGGAGGGUGGGAUGAAAAGUAGGGCAGGACGAGGGAGAGACUUGAGACGAGUAUAAAGGCUUCAUGGGAUUGGGAAGGAAAUAUUUGCUCUGUUUGGUCCACAGCUCAACCUAACUGGAGCUCCUCAGAUUACAGAAGGGAAAAAUCUGGGGUCAGGUAAGAGACUCCUCCCCCCACCAAAAAAGAAGCACCUUUGGCCAUGCUUUUGCUAACUUUUAAAUGACUAAAACAAUUACAUUAUUUCAAUCUAUAUUCUGUUAAAAAUGCUGAGGGUUGAGGGUCUUCUUUUUCAACACAAAAGACAAAUCUUAAAAUUUAAAUGGUCCUGCUUUUAUUUUUGUUUGUUUUAUAUGCUUUUUUUAAAAAAAAUUGAUGGCUUUGAUUACUUUUUGCAAGCUGUCCUAAAAAAAGCAACACCUAUAGUAACUCAAGGGACGUGGGUGGCGCUGUGGGUUAAACCACAGAGCCUAGGACUUGCUGAUCAGAAGGUCGGCGGUUUGAAUCCCUGUGAUGGGGUGAGCUCCCAUUGCUCGGUCUCUGCUCCUGCCAACCUAGUGGUAUGAAAGCACGUCAAAUGGAAGUAGAUAAAUAGGCACCGCUCCUGUGGGAAGGUAAACGGCGUUUCCGUGCGCUGCUCUGGUUCGCCAGAAAUGGCUUAGUCAUGCUGGCCACAUGACCCAGAAGCUGUAUGCCGGCUCCCUCGGCCAGUAAAGUGAGAUGAGCGCCGCAACCCCAGAGUCGGUUACGACUGGACCUAAUGGUCAGGGGUCCCUUUACCUUUAUAGUAACUCAAGUGUGUAAGCCAAAGUCUCUGCCUUCCUUUACAGUCACUCCACUUCCAGAAGAGAAAGAAGAAGAGACCUUUGAAAAAUGCCUUACGUUAGACAGAAGUUCAUUGACAUUCUGGAAAAAGCAAUGGAAGAUGGUGAAAAGAUGUCUCGAGAGGAAAUGCUAUUUACUUAUGACGGAGUUGUGUACCCCACAGCUCUUUGCAGCCCAGAGCAGUUCAAAGCUCUUGAAUCUUUUGAGGCAAGAAGUGAUGAUGUGUUUCUAGCAGGAUACUGCAAAUCCGGUGAGUGUGUGGCCAUGUUAACAUUGGUUAAAGUCAAAGUGAUAGUGGAGACUGGAAUGAUAGCAUGCCAAAAAAAAAAAAAAGUUAUUGAAUAAAUGGCAGUAUAAUACCAUAAUUUGCAAAGACCUAAAGACAGAAAAAAAAUUAUGGUUCUCAAGAACAACAACAAACCUCAGUUCUAAUCUUCUGAAUAUUUUUGGCUGCAGAACUUUGAUGACAAAGGGAUAUGCUACAAAUGUAGACAUGUUAAUGUGAGGAGAGAGUUCAAAAGAGACAGGUUGUUUUGAUAGGACACUUGUCUUUAGCUGAUAUAACCACCAAGGGAUCCUGAUUACAUGUAGGGAGGUCUUCCUCUUCUCCCAGGCAGUUGAUGGGAUAAGACUUAAUGUUAGCAUCACUCAGAUUAGUUAGUUUUCUGCUGUUGUCUUCUGUCUUGAUUUGUUCUUAAAUUUGAUUUAAAGCCUAUUUUAAACAAUAUUUUAAGACUUUACCGUCAAGGUUGCCUAGAGACUGCUCUGUCUUGGUAGACUAAUGAAAUAAACAGGAAGGUAAAUAAACAGCUAGGUGACACUCACAAGUAUAUGUGAAUAAGUCUUUCUGUUUAUAUAACACACACACCUUAAGUAUGAUUGUAUGUUAGUGAAUAUUCUGUUGCAGUCUUUAAAGAUCUCCUUUUCCUUUGUUUUCUGGCAAAGUAAUUUUGCUUUUUGAGGAGAGAAAACAAUUAUGAUAAAAAAAAAUUGGGAAAGAAUGUCUUCUAUCAGAGUUUCUUGAAACUCACUAUUCUUCUUGCUCAUGAAUUAAUCAGUUCUCCGAUUAUUAUGCAUUUGUCGGCAGUCUGAAAAAAAAGCAUUUCAUUCCCAGCUCUGUGUUUUCCUAGGUACCAACUGGGUUGGCCAAAUAGUUACAGAUUUAGUAGUCCUAUCUGCAAAGAAACAUGAACCGGAGAAACUGAAUGAAAAAUUGCUCCUUGCGGAAAUUCCGUAUAUUGAAAUUGGAGAUCUUGAAAAGUAUCAGGUUAGUACUCUUUGUUUGUAAUGAAACCAGGAUUGCUCAGACAUCAUUAGAUUGCCCAGACAUAACCCCCCCUCCCAUUGUCACAUUUGUCACCAAUGCCACCGUGAGUGCCACUACCCUGGUAGAAUAGUUCUUAAAGUUUAAUGUGGACCUUCCUAAGGAAGAAGAAGAAGAGUUUGGAUUUGAUAUCCCGCCUUUCACUCCCUUUAAGGAGUCUCAAAGCGGCUAACAUUCUCCUUUCCCUUCCUCCCCCACAACAAACACUCUGUGAGGGGAGUGGGGCUGAGAGACUUCAGAGAAGUGUGACUGGCCCAAGGUCACCCAGCAGCUGCAUGUGGAGGAGCGGAGACGCGAACCCGGUUCCCCAGAUUAUGUGACUCUUAACCACUACACCACACUGGCGAGUCCUGGGCAAAGUUUUCCCUCCCCAAUGGAAGGCUCCCCCUCCGAAAAUGCCCCAGAAUAGUAUGCAGUUUUGGACAUUCUGGGAGUCAAAAUGGCAGCCACAAUCUAGAGGCUUAGUGGUCACUAAGGAGAGUUCCAUUGCUGCUACUACUCUAGAUGUGGCUGCAGGAACAACAACAACAACAACAACAACAACAACAACAACAACAACAAGUUUUAAAAGAAGCUGCCCAAAGGAAGGGUUCUCUGCAAAUUUUCAGCUCAGCUUCAAUUUCUAUGUUGAAGUUCUUGGAAGUGUUUUCAAGAGUCAUGCACAAAGCUUGGAUUGCCCAAUCAAUUUUGCUGUUGGCAAAUAGUAGAACUGAUUAUAUUUUUUUUUAAGUUGGCUUUUUAAAAAAAUGAAUCACCUGUUUUCCAUUUCAUGCCUAUUAAUUUGGCCUCUGGAAGAGGAUGAACAGCUAUCCCUCCAGGAGAGUGAUGUUUACUCAUCUCCGCCCUGAUAAGCUUCCAAAAUCUGUCUUCAAGAAUAAAGCCAAAGUAAGUACUGUUAUCACAAAAAUAUUUUAAGUGGUACUCGUAUGUAGAUCAGCCUUGAACCAGCUCAUAACUGUAAGCAAACAAGUCAAGUGCUUUUCAAGGUAGAUGUUAACUUACAGCUCAAACCUCUAAUAAGCUUUCUUUUUUACCAGCAGCCAGGCUUGAAAGACUGGAAGAACUUAGAGGGUGCUUUUCUGACAAAUUGGUACAGUAAAGCAUGUAGAAUAGCACUUGUGGAAAAUUUCACUAAUAAAAUAACAUUGGCACAAGGGCGAAGAAUAAAGACUCUUUUGUAACUGAUUGGUGUAGCUUUAUUAUGCAUAUAGCUCAGAUGAACACAGAGGACUCUCCUCACAUUAUGUAAUCUUUUAGUUAACCUGACUUGUUUAUUGUUUUCUAUACAAAUGGUUGUCUAGGAUAGGAACUUAACUCUCUUUUUUGCAUGUAUGCCUAGACUCUGUCUUCUGGGUUAGGGAGGGAUAUUUUACUAUAUGUGUGCACAAUGUCAUUAUAUGUUGUAAGAAUCCAAUAUACAAACAAGCACUUUUUAAAAAAAAAGCAAAAUCAGAUAUAACAGAGCAUGAUAGCCACAACUGCAUCUACAAUCCUGUUACUUGCACCAGCCGGAGCAGAAGAGUAGUAUGGGAGAAAGUUCAAAUUCUAAUUUUGCUAUGCCAGCUCCCAGGCUGGUGUGGGAAAUAGACCCAGGCCUGUUCCCAUCAACAAUGGCCCAUCAAAGCUGGUGAAAUAAGUCCUGCCAGAACUGCAAUGGGCUGGUUUAUUGCUUUAACCCUGGUGCUGACAUUCUACUCUGUCCCUUGUUCCGCUUAAGUAAAGGUAAAAGUAAAGGGACCCCUGACCAUUAGGUCCAGUUGCGGAUGACUCUGGGGUUGCAGUGCUCAUCUUGCUUUAUUGGCCGAGGGAGCCGGCGUACAGCUUCCGAGUCAUGUGGCCAGCAUGACUAAGCCACUUCUGGUGAACCAGAGCAGCGCACGGAUACGCUGUCCCUUCCCGCUGGAGAGGUACCUAUUUAUCUACUUGCACUUUGACGUGCUUUCGAACUGCUAGGUUGGCAGGAGCAGGGACGGAGCAACGGGAGCUCACCCUGCCACAGGGAUUCAAACCGCCGACCUUCUGAUCGGCAAGUCCUAGGCUGUGUGGUUUAACCCACAGCGCCACCCACGUCCCUUAAGUAUAAUGCAACAAUUGUCCCACAGUGUGAGAUUUGAAGGUGUGUUUUCUGGCCGCCUUUUGUGUAGCGUGACUUGGUCCAAUUUGCACCGCAUAGGAAAUCCUAUGGUAGCAACAGGACAUGUUUGUACUUGUAAAUCAGUAGCUAAAAGCAGCAGGAAAGAAGGUAGCUUUUACCAGAUAAAAUGAAUGUGGAUGACAGCCAGUCCUGGGGGGUGAAAGCUUCUCGUCUAAAGAGGUUAGACAAAUUCAUGGAAGAUGAGACGAGUCAUGGCUACUAGUCAUAAUGGCUGUGAGAGUGUUAUGCCUCUGAGCACUAGUUGCUGAGGAACACAAGAAUGUUGCACUCAUGUCCAGUUUGUGGCCCUCCCAUAGGCAUCUGGUUGGCCACUGUAAGAACAGGAUAUGGGACUAGCUGGGCCAUUGUGGGAUCCUACAGUGUCCUUCCUACGUUCUUGUCAAUUAUGUGCUAUGCAGCCCAGUUCUAUCAAUUUGUUCUAUCAGACAUCACAAUGUCUGCAAUGGGUCUCACUCCCAGUGCAUUAGAUUGCAGUGAUAAAAUGUGGUGUGUUAAUUGAUUGUCAGGGUACUGUCAGCGGCUCCUGGCUGGUUGCCCAGGGAAGUAUAAAGACAAGGAAAAGUUUCUUACCGCCCUUUUUUUAUUUCAAACAUUACAGAGAGAAGCUAUAGAACCCAGCCUCUUGGAUGAUGGCAUUGUCCCGAAUGAAUCUCCACCCUCCCCGUCUCUCCCACUUCCUCAUUUGUCACCAUCAUCACCUCCUCUAUGGAUGCUGCUAAGUGCCCUCUGUCUUUGAGCUCUUUGCUCUCCUACUUUUAAAGCUCGCCAGGUUCUAGGAGAUGGUGGGCCUAUAAUGCUUUCUAGUGACAACGUGUCUGCCAGCUGCUGCUCUGGUUCUGCCUGCUCCUCAUGGCCAAUUAUUUCCCAACUUUUCCUCUCUUCUGCCUCUGAGCAGUGACCUCCCGCAAAUCACUAUUGUAAAGCUAUACCGUCUUCCUCUUCCUCCUACCUGGGAGGGUCAGGUUGGGGAGUGGUCUCCACCACUCUUCCUCCUCAGUCCAGUCCCUGACAUUGAUUUAUGAGAAAUAUGGUGCAUUGUAGAUAGUGCAAUUCCAUCAUCUCAUACUUAUCAUUCUCAUGUUUUCGUUUUCUAGAUAUUGCUGCUCAUUCGGAAUCCAAAGGAUGUCGCUGCAUCUUUUUUCCAUUUCUCGAACAACUUUGCUCCAUAUCCCCCUUAUGAUAAAUUUGAAGAUUACUUCCGAGCUUUAAUGGAAGGACAAAGUAGACAUUCCCUUUUCCUAUCUAUGUCAACUAUAAUAAUGCAUAUAAUAUGAACAGCACAAUGGUUUGCAUCUAACAAAGUUGUUCGUGUGCCAUCCUCCAAAUCUGUUCUGGGAGAUCCCCAACCCUCCCAAGCAGAUUUGGGGAGUGUGGGGUAUGUAGGAAGAGGAAAGGGAGAGGAAGUCCUUGCACAAAUUGGAUGACUUUGUUGGAUACAACCUAUUGAUUUUAUGUCUUCUCUAAAGUCAUCCAAUGUUGAAUUUGAAGGGAUUAUAUUGUAAAGCCAUUUUUUAAAAAACCAUUUCAUUUCAUUCAAGCAUCAUCUGACAGUGGAUAAUGAUCCUACCUUCAUCCGAUAAAAAAUAGUUAACACCAAUCAUAAUUCCCAAAUUGAACAUAACAACAAAUGACGUUUAGUUGAAAAUGGAAGCAGAUGUUCCCAAUCUCCUUGAGAACUGAAGAGUAGUAGGAAGGGGAAACACAUGAGUCAAAAGCUCCUGUAUGUAACACUAAACUAUGGUGUUACAUGUACACUUCUUAGGAAGUGUCAGACUUGCUGCUUAGAUAUCUAGAGAUCUGAUUUGCAUAAGAAUCUUUAUUGUCAUUGCAUUGACUUGUACAGGCAGUUCAGACUGAAUGCCUCCUUGACAAGUCCAUCAGCUGGACAGUCCUAAUUCCCAUGCUCAAAAUCCUGAUUUACUAUACCAUCAUAAAUUUGUUUUUUGAGAUUCAGGUAAAUGAGAACCAUGGAGCACCAACAUUACCGUAUGUUGAUUCCAGUGCUUCUCAGACUUUUGAUACUAUUAAGGCCCAGGGUUUGGGGGUGAGAGUUGACACAAAAGGGAGGCACAUUUCAUUCCACAUCAAAAAUACGUAUUUCUAUUUUCAUGAUCAGUUCACAGAACAUUGGGCAGGCAUGCUCCUUGCAGCUGAAGGAUUAAUAUUGCUUUCUAGUAGGAGCGCCGUGUAUAUGGGGUAUAUGGGGCACAAAGGGCUUCAGCCCCCUCAAUAUUUUGAGGCCUGGGACUCACCCCUCUCAAUAUCGAGGGGGCCACCAUCCCCUGCCUCCUGUGGGGCAGGAGGCUUGGAGGAUGUUUUCGCCAUUCCUGCUCCCACUCCCACGAUCGCAUGUGAUGUCAUGCACAUGUGACUGCCCCCCCAAUGUUGUGCCCAGCUUCGCACAGCUGCUUCCUGGUGCCAAACCUCCCUUUCCCCCAGUUAAUCAGGACUUCUGGAUAGGGACAUACUGGGCAAUGGUAGUCCUCAGGUAUUCUCUUGAACUUCUGCUGGCUAAGUCACCACUGCUGCUUACAGGUGGGAGAGGAGAAGGUCAAGGCUGCAGUAAGCUCAGUCUGGUGCAAACAUACUGAUGAAGGCAAUCUUUUGCUUUUGCACCAUCUCAUCCCACUCCCUCCAGGUAAGCAGCAGCAACUCAGCUGGUGGGAGGUCAGGUAAGCACCAGCAACCCCACCACUACUGUCCAUGACAGUCAGCCAUUGUGAAGGCUACAUCCCAGUGUAUCCUCUUCUCUCCCUCAUGAUGGUGUGUGGAACAAUCCUGCAUGGCACAUUCCCAAUUUGAGGGGCAUAGAGUAAGUCUAACAUUUAUUCCUGAGCUUAGCCAUGGUGUUUGCGGAAAAUGAAGAUUGUUAUACGAAUUCUAUACUUAUUCUUAACAGUAAGAGUGUAAGUUCAACCCUAUGCAUGCCUAGUAUGCCCCAUUGGGUUCAAUGGGACUUACUACAAGAUUCUUGUGUAUAAAUCUUGCUCUCACCAUUGCUGUAUGAUCUGAUUUUUGCCAGUGCCCUGGGGUUCCUAUAUUGAAUAUCUUUGCGUGUGGAACAAAUUCAUUGAUAAAGAAAAUGUCAUGCCAAUAACAUAUGAAGAGCUGAAAGAGGUAAGGUUAAUCAUGUUCAGAUAUACCUUGUAGUUCAGGCAAGUGUUCAGCUAAAAGAGGGUUGCCAUAUUUCAAAAAGUGAAAUAUGGAAACCCUAGCAAAGCUGUUGAGCUUUCCCCCCUUUUCUUUUGGCCAAAGCUGUUGAGUUUUUGAGCUAUUUUUAAGGAAAUUCACCAAAACUACACUUCCUACAUGGGUUGCCAUACGUUUGGAUUUUUCCUAACAUUUCCGCCCAUUUUCAACAGCCUAAUGUACAUUAUUAAAGCCAAAAACUGCAUCACAAAAUUCAGAGCAAUGCAAAAGCAGGAGGACAACAAUGUUCCAAGCAGCACACAAGUGUUUGCUUCCAUAAGUGAAAUAAGCAGAGUCCUCAAAUAUCUCUUGCACGACCCCAUUUCAGGUUGGAAGAGGCCCCUUUGAGCUGAACCUAGUUCAACUGAACUGAGGUUCAUACCUGCAGAAGAUGUUACAGGCAGUGUUUUGAUAUAUAACUGGAGAACUUGGAUUUGAGUCGCCACACCAGGCUAUAAAGAACAAGAACCCCAGCAGGCACUUCUGUAAUACAAAUACAUGAAAAUACAUGAACUGUAUGUAUGGGGAAAGGCCAUUGUUUAGUGAUAAAAUGUCUGCUUUGCUUGUAGACGGCCCCAGGCUCUAUCCCCAGAAACACCAUUAUGUGAGCUUAGACAGUGUAGAUAGUAAGAACAUAAGACGAGCCCUAUGGGAUUAGGUCAGUGGCGAGAUGAGUGCCGCAACACGAUAGUCUCCUUUGACUGGACUUAACCGUCCAGGGGUCCUUUACUGCAAAUGGAAGUAAAGUGUGUUGCAUUGUGACUUUCCCUAAGCAAGCUGGAUUUAUUUGUUGGAUGUAUGAAUUUAUAUAAGUAAGUUUGAUUAACUUACUUCAUCAAACAUCCAAUCAGAGUAUCACACACAUUGCUUUUCCUUUUUCCCUUUGCAGAACACAGCUGCAGGAGCCAAAAAAAUAGCUGAAUUCUUUGAACUGAACCUAAGUGACGAAGACUGUCUUGGUGUUGCAGAAAGGAGCACUUUCAAAGCUAUGAAAGGCAAUUCCAAAUCAACCCAUGGAGAAUUUGGUGAUGUUCUUUUCCGUAAAGGUAAAUGCUAUAAAGCAACCUAUACCCUUCUUCCAGCUUUGGAAAAAUCACCCAAGGCUACGAAUAAAUAGCUUUUAUGCAUUGCAUAAAAAACAAGAUUUCAGGGGAAGCACCCCAAAAUUCUUCAGGGGAUCUGUAUUUUAUUUAGAAUGCAGAAAAAGAUAGUGAAAUGUCUAAAAAUAAUAAUGUCAGGGAACUGCCAUCGGAGCCAGGGGGAGAGGGAGGGCUCCAGAGGGAUUCCGGAGAGCGUCCCGGGAGGGAGAGAAGCAGCACAUCUUCUGGGGAAGGAAAUCAGCGUAGCACCAGUAGAGAAGGGGGGCAGAUGGGGGAAUCGGCGAGGUGGCUCCAUGACUCCUCGCCGGGGACCAGCGGGGAGAGCACGGGUCCUCCGCUGCCCACACCCUCCCUGCGCAGAAGGCUUCCGCGCAGGGAGACUAGGCGGAGACUAGGCGUCAAAGAACUUUUGUGCUGGAAGAAGUUCAAGAAACGCCCACUGACGGAUUCUGCCAGCGAUUGAGACAGCCACGGGCGAGUGGCUGUCCGGACAGAAAAGGUUCACUCAGGCAACCCAGCCAGGUGUGGCGCUGAUUUACGCACGAGCAACCCCUAGAACCAUUACAAAUAAUAAUCGAAAAAGUAACAAAAUGGCAGCACCUCGAAGGGUAGGAAUUGUGUUACUCAUCAUUUUUAAUGUUUGACAUUUUAUUAUGUUUUUAUGUGUGCUGGAGGGCACCCAGAGUGGCUGGGGAGGCGCAGCCAGAAGGGCGGGGUAAAAAUAAUAAAAUUACUUAUUCACAAAAGUAGUUAAUAUGCUUUAGUAGUUCCAGUAAUGCUUUGGACUUACUAAUGCUUACCUGCAACUGCAAAUAUGUGAUUUCUGGACCACAAAUAGGAAAUCAUGGUUGCUUGUGGAAGUAUAUAUAUAUAAUUUUAUAUUUCUUUGUUUUCAGGUGGUGUAAGUGACUGGAAGACACUUUUCGGUCAAGAAAAUAGUCAAGAAAUGGACAGAAUAUUUAAAGAAAGAUUAGCAGGGACCAAGGUGGGAUCAAAUAUAAAAUACGAUGUCUAUUGUAAAUAA